AUGUUUAUAAUUGCCGCAUCCGUAAGUUGUAUUGUUACCGCAGACGUAUUAUACGGACGAGUAACACAUAUUCGGGAUCGUCGUGUGCAGAUUUACGCGGAUCUGCCUGAGAUGGCGAAGGACGGCGAUUCACCACCCGAACAUCAAUGGAACUCCUGCAUAGACCUUUUGCCGGAAAUCUACCACAGAACGUGGACAUCCGGCAGAACCCCGGCUUCACUAAAUGAACUAAUGGCUACUUUUUUAUUACUUUUUCUCAUUGCCUACGUACAUUCGAAGAGGUUACCCGAUAUAUACUGGAACAGCACGAAUCCAAUAUUCGAUGUGAGCAAUACUGAUCAUGUGAUGCCGGUGAACAUCGGUGAUCGCGUAUCACUACUGUGUCCUAGACCCGGCGAUGAUUACGAAUAUUCGAAUAUUUAUGCGGUAUCUGAAGAAGAAUACACUCACUGCUUUCUCCAGAAUCCCCAUCUAGUCGGAUCAUGCCACAACAACACUCAGGAGGUAACUAUCACAGUUGUGUUCCGGCAAUUUACACCAACUCCUGGUGGAAUGGAAUUCGAGCCUGGAAGGACCUACUACUUCAUAACUACUUCGGAUGGCACUCUAUCGGGUAUCGAUCGUAGAAAGGAUGGGCUAUGCACUGAACGCCAAAUGAAGGUGAAAUUCGAGGUACAAUUGCCAAAAAGUGAAGUACAACAUCAUGGGAAUCCGAAAUUCGCCGCAAGAACUUCUCAGAAAGAACAACGAGAGCAAAUGGAAACAUCCACCCCUAUUAUGUAUAUAAUUCACGUCGACGGUGAAAAUUCUGAUGAAUUGGAUGAUGACGUCGCAACGAUUGCGUCCAUGUCGUUGCCAUUCCUUUUAUCGCUACUUCUAUUCUACCUCAAUUAA